GUUAACUCGACCUCCCAGAAUGCAGCGCGCCAUCGACUUCCGGUUGCGCUCCACUAAACACUUCCUGGAUUACUCGAUACACGCUCCGAAAGCAACGGCACCCAUCACUACUUCAAACGGGACCAAGUGAAAGAUGGAGUCAUGUGACAGCCAGCGAAGCAAGCGUGUGCAUUGACCAAGGUUGACCACCCAGCAGCCCGGUCCCGGUCGGUGGCGGCCCAUACGCUGCCAUGGACAGCCGAUGCAGCAGCAGCACUGACUCUCGUGUGACGGGGGGCUACGGGGCCAGGAGCUCCACGUCCCUCCAGGCCCACAUGGACUCGUACAAGGAGGAGAAGAAGAAAAAUUGCAUCUCUGACGUUAGGCGGACCUUUUGCCUAUUCGUUACCUUUGAUCUUUUGUUUGUCACCAUGCUGUGGAUCAUCGAGCUCAACGUGAACGGCGGCGUUCCCGAACAGCUGAACCGAGAAGUGGUCCACUACGACUACCACGCCUCCUUCUUUGACAUCUUUCUUCUGGCAGUCUUCCGAUUUGCUGUCCUCAUCUUGGCCUACGCCGUCUGCAGGCUGAGACACUGGUGGGCGGUGGCUAUCACCACUGCCGUCAGCUGCGCUUUCCUCAUCGUCAAAGUGAUUUUUUCAAAGCUGCUGUCCCAGGGUGCUUUCGGAUACCUGUUGCCCAUCAUCUCCUUUGUACUGGCCUGGAUCGAAACCUGGUUGCUGGACUUCAAGGUUCUUCCUCAAGAAGCCGAUGACCAAAACCGCUACCGGUGCCCGCCGGAUGCCACCGCCGCAGAGCGAGCUCCUCUCUUCGCUCCUCUCUUCGCUCCCGGCCCCAUGUCAGACGGCCAGUUCUACUCGCCGCCCGAGUCGGUGGCAGACACGGAUGAGGACCUGGAGGACAAGGGCUGACUCUUGUGACAGCUCGGGUAACGCCAAUGCAUGCCCGGGGGGUGGGGGAGUGGGGCGGAGGCGCAGUGAUUGGUUUUAUUUGUUUUUAAUUUUUUUUUUUGCUUGUCCGAACAGGAAGUUUUGUGCACCAGCUUUGAAGGGAAAACUUUGCCUUAUACUUGCACAUACACGCGCACGCACAUAGACUCAUGAUUUUCCUUCUGGGCUUUCACAUGAAGUAGUGAAAACGUAUUCGCGGCCAGUAGGACAAUGUAUUUGCGGUUCUCAGACAAAAUGGAAACCAAAUGUCCAUGAAAAGUGAUGCCUUUCAAAAUAAAAGUCUGCCCGAGUCAACUGUCAAUAAGAGCAAGCACACAAAACCACAGUCAUAGACUAAAGGAUGCACACCACGCUUGCAUUAUUUCACGUCCCCGAAGGAGCCAUUCAGGAGGAAAUAUUGGCAGAACGGGGCGAGGCUUUGCAAUGGCGUUUGACGCAGACGUCACUGAAGCGGAUGCAAACCCGCCCGCUUGAUGCUUCAAGUUCAAAACAGGCGCUUUCCCACUCAAGCAAUCCGCUCGCCCGCCUGGACCACGUCCAGGUCGGAUAUACCCCAGCCGGCCCGGCUCUGACCACAUUUGUAAGUGCUCCAGGCCGCAUUUGAAAAAAAUCAGAACUGAGCCUUUAUUUUGAACUGUUUGUAAAAGAAUCCCAUAUCCACUGAUUGAAAAUUGAGCUGCGGUGUGAACUUGGCCCAAGACGUGCAUUGAAAGUAGCCAUUUGAAGUCAAGAUGGAUAUUAGGAAGUGAGUCCAUCCAAUGUUGAAGGCAAAGGACAACAAAGCCCAGCCUGGGAAUGGCUGAUGGUGUAGGGGUGCACUUGUUUACCAUGUGUGCUGACAUCAAUUGUCAGAACGUCAUUACAGAGCAACAAAGGGUCUAAUUAACAUCAUAUCUAUCUAUAUAGGAGAACACCUGUAUGCAGUACGAGAAUUGCUAAAUAAAGUGGGGAAAAAAUGUCA